GCUGAUAAAAAAGAUCUACAAUGCUGGAGCAAUGGAAACUGAAGCCUGUUUUGAUUUUGGUGUUAUUUCAAGCAAUCUUCAAUGACAAGCAGGUUGUAAUCGAAGCACGUGAAGAUCAUCUGAUCGGAAUACUGGGUGAAUCGGUUUUAUUCCCCCUUCACCGUGCCUCAAGAGAGGAAGUACGUGAAAUAAGCUGGGAGAAAGGGAGCCAUGCAUUUCUAAAGUGCAUUCCUAACCAACAUUUUUGUCACGUGUACAAGCAGCAGGAAAGCAGAGUAUAUUGUUUCCCCGAUUGUUCUUUAAGACUCUCUGGCCUCCUGGACAAUGACAGAGGGGUGUAUCGAGCUGAAAUUCUUUUCUAUAAUGGGCGGAUGGAAAUCAAAAUUAUCUACCUCGAUAUUCUUGGUGCGGAUAGCUUGGAAUGUGCGACGUCAGUUUAUCUUCUUAUAAUAAGUGCCGCAGUAAUUUGUUUCCUCGGGUUCGUUUUAGUCGCUGUACUCUUCAACAAGAGGAGGGCCUCCAGGACAGAACGACAAAUUGUCAACGAAAGGGAGGGAUCUGAGAUGAACAACGAGGACGGAGGCGGCCAAUAUCUUCUCAUCUCUUUUCCCGAUAGAGCACAGCAGCCGGGCAGAAAUGGACAAGAGAAUGCCGACCAAGUAGUUGUAUAUUCAACGACUGCCAGCAGCUGAUAAAUCAGACAGUAUCCUGCACGAUUAAAGACAACCUUAUUACUCGAUUCCCCGACUUACUUUUGAUAUCCUUAAGAUGAAGAAACUGGCUUCGAAAGUGUCCAAAUAUAUUGCCCGGACGGUUUCCUGAAAAUCAUUAUUCUAUCUGAAUGUUUAUCCUGUGGCAAUGCACGCUAACGUCAAUGCACGCAAAUAAGUGGGAGCUACUAAUAACAGCACUGAAAUUGAGAUUGAAGUACACUAUAAUUUUCACAAUGGAUUUCAUCAUGAAUGGAAAUUGCAAAGUUUAAUGAUACCACAAAUACUAAAUUUUACUUCAGUGAUGGUACAGAAAAAUAUUCUUCCUUGUAACUAUGU